CUGAAAUUCAAGAUCAAUCGGCGCCAUCCUCAGGCACCUACUGCCUCGGCCAGUUGACAGCUGAAUCAGCUACUCUGCCCAAUACGGAAGUCUUGGCGGUAAUUACCCGAUUGGGUCGAAUCUAUAUCGGGAAGGAUAGCCUGGUUGACUAACCAGCAUGACUUCAUUAUCAACACCACCUUGUCCAUCUCUCUUACCAGAUAGUUGUGUAAGGUAAGACAGAUAGAUACAGGCAUUGAACGAAGCAUCACCAUCGAAUAUGUCAUCUCAGCGGAUCGCAUACAAAGUCCACGGGACGGUGCAAGGCGUCGGAUUCCGCGACUUUACCCAAAAGCGAGCCACACAUCAUAACCUAAAAGGCUUCGUUAAAAACACCAGCUGCGGGCGAGUCGAAGGCGAAGCCCAAGGGGACAGCGAGUCCCUGCAGAACUGGCUCAAAGAUAUCCACAAAGGGCCGCGCAUGGCCCACGUAGUGAAGGUGGAGAAGAGAGAGGUAGAUGUGCGAGAUGGGGAGAGCCACUUUGGUGUGAUGAGGACGUCCGAGUCUGCUUUUGAUGCGCCGGCUCAAUCAAGUUGAUCUUGGUAAUGAUUACUCUUCUAGCCUUGUGUACGUUGCAAAUGACAAUUCGAUGAAGACCUGUGGUGGUGAUGGCUUCUACAAUGGUAUUAUUCGAGAUGAACGUUGAUAUAUCUCGAUGACGCCGGCGGCGCAUCUUACUUUAUCUUCCCAUAGUAUUGAAGAUGCGUUUCAUAGUUGUAUUAUCC